GUCGAUUAUAUCGAAGCAUGAAUGAAAAAAAGACAGAUAAUUUGAUAGCUUGGUGUGAUAUGAGAAAAUUAGAUUUUGUUGAUGACAAGGAGGAUGGGAUAGACAGCCAGCCAAGCCACUUUGGACAGGAUAAAGGAACAUCGUGUGUGGAGUUUCAACCGGUGAGAUUCGUUUUAGUGGAAUGAAUGUUUUGAGAACAUCUUAUGCCUACUUUCGAAUAUUCGCUACUCGACCUGGGUCAUUGCGAGCUGUAUUACCUUGGAAACGAUGCAUUUACACUUUGCAAGGACAACCGUGGACACCGGCCGAAGACAAGUUACUGAAAGAUUACGUGAAACAUAAUGGACCACGCUGGAAAGCUGCGGUCGAACAUUGUCUGCCAGAAAGAACGCCGAAUGCGGUUCAAAUUCGGUGGAAAGACAUGCUGGAUCCCAGCAUACGCAGAGGACCUCUCGAUGAGGAAGAACGGCAACUGUUGCUUCAAGGCGUACAAGAAUUGGGUGAAGGCCACUGGGCUGCGAUUCGAGACAAAUAUCUACCCAGACGUUCCUCGCGACAGUUGGCCAAUUUAUGGCGUCUUUCCCUUAAUCCAAAAUAUUCCCGAGCACCGUUCACGGAACAGGAAGACGAAUUGAUCCGCCAAGGCGUAGAAAAAUACCGUCAUCGUUGGGUCAAGAUCGCCAACGAGCUGCUGCCAGAUCGCAGUCCCCACUGGAUUCGCAUGCGAUAUGUUAGGGUCUUGAAACCGUACAUCAACGCUGCCCCUUGGACCGACGAAGAACGCAAUCUCUUAUUGCGUCGCACCUUGAUCUAUGGUCAAAAAUGGAAAACCGUAGCCGAAGGAUUACCCGGUCGAACCCCGUUCAUGUGUGCUUACAUGUGGAAAAACAAGGUCGAUCCCGGUUUGAAGAAGGACGUCCACUGGUCACCCGAAGAAACUCGUCGGUUCUGGGAGUUGACGCAACUCUACAGUGGCAACUGGGCUCGCAUCGCCGCCGAACUACCUGGUCGCAACGAAACCAUGUGCUACAACAUGUUUUACGGUCAGGGCGUCAAAGUAUUGGAUAUUCUCUUUCACAUUGAGCGUCAACCCAACCAAACCUAUGGCGAGUGGAAACGAAGCGUAGCAGAACUGAUGAUUGCUUGGUUGGAUGGAAAAGUCGACAUCACCGCCGGCAAGGAUAGCAGCUUACAGAUUACCUCCAAAGAUACCCCGUCCACCGCGGACGCCCCAGCUUCCAUCUCCAACCCAUCGUCGUCACCUGCGGUCGAUGAAAAUCCCUCCACAACAACUUCCGAUAUACCUAUUGCCACGUCAUCAUUGCAUACUCAACCCUCGGCUACUCCAAAGAUCAAGAGUGGCAGAUGGACCCAAGAAGAACCUAACGCAGUACAAAAGUCCCGGGAUGAAAGAAAUGGCCCAAACGACGAAAUUCUAAGAACAACAGGGCAAUCUCGCAAAGAUACGUUGCCGUCGCGGAAUAAUGUGAAAAAGGGGGAACGAUUUUCCGAGGCCGAGCGAGAAUUGCUUCAAGAAGGGGUCGCUAUGUUUGGUCACAACUGGAUAGCAAUUAGCCAGUCCUAUCUUCCUGACCGCACGCCGGAUCACUGUAGACGAGUGUGGAAACAAAGUUUGUAUAAGGCCGGUAAAUGGUCCGAUCAGGAAGAUCGCGAACUUUUGUUUGCUGUGAACCGCGUGCAAGAGAAAGACAAUCGAAUCUCAUGGAGCAAAGUCGCCAGUAUGGUGCAAGGACGAUCCCCCACGCAGUGUCGCUCACGAUGGCGAGUCACCUUGCAACCGGGCCUGAAAACAGGGCCAUGGGCAUAUGAAGAGCAAAUCCAUCUGUAUGAAAUCGUCGAAACAUUCCGCCUUCGUGCCCACAAAGGGCGUAGUCUCUGGCAUGACGUGGCGCGGGAACUGAACACCGGACGAUCAAGCCAAGCUUGUCAAAUGAAAUACAGACAGAUGGCGAAACGAACCAGGCCCUAUAUCUAGCAUUUUUUUCAUCAUGAGUUCAGUGUGUAUGACACGAGCCAAACCAUUCACACGCAUACACACACACACCUGCAUACACACACAAGUCAAUCAAUCAUAGAGCAAAUCAUUCCUUUUCUCAUUCACUACCGGCAUUAUCAAUAAAGCGAACAUUUUGGGUCGUUUUAAACAGUCAAUUUAUGAAAAAUU